AGCAGGGGGCUCCUGAUGGCACCUGGCUCUGCCUUCCUCGCCCAGCCAGUGGCCCAGACGAUUCCCCUGCUGGGGUCCCCCCACCUUCGCCAGCUCCGCCGAUGUGCCUUGCCGUCGUCCAGAAACCCGAAGUUGCUGGCUGCCGUGCCGCCGGUGAACCAGCGUGGAAGGGAGGCUGCGCGGUGGCGGAUGGGCUCGCCUGAGCAUUUGUUGAACUCUUUCCCGGCACGACAAAGGCCUCCUUGUCUCCUCCGUCAGCAAGCGGGACCCCUAUUGUCCUGGGGGCGCCGCGAACCUGCCGAGCCCGCCGGCAGGGCGGAUAGCCCCGGUUUUCAAGGAGAAGGACCCAGAAGACGCAGAGGGUGGAGAAGCAGAGGAGAAUUGGAUGCGCCUCUUCAGCCGGAUCCUGCAAUUGAGGACAUCCAAGCGAUGGCUUCCCCCGUGCCCGCAGCCUGCUGUGUGGUGUUCGCCGCCAUGGUGGUAGUCUACGCUCAGAAGCACAGCCAGCAAGAGUCCCACGUCCAUUACGCGCAAUUGGGGACUGACGUGACGAUACCGUGUGGCUCAGUAGACCAGGAGACGCCCGUCACCUGGACUGCCAACAGCACUGAUCUGGAUGCUUCCCACCUGAGUGGCUCCCACCUUCUCCUUCGGAACGUGGAUCUCUCCCACAGUGGACAAUACUCCUGCUACGAGGGGCCUUUGUGGCAUCUCAGAGAUCGAGUCAACCUCAAAGUUGGAACACCCCCACGGGAGCCCAGCCUGAUGUGCCGGUCCAACAACUACCCCAUCGGCUUCUACUGCAGCUGGCACCUGCCCAGCCCGACCUACAUUCCCGACACCUUCAACAUCACCGUCAUACACGACUCCCAGGAGAUUGCCUGUGAGAAGGACCCGGGCCCCAAGAACAGGUGCUACAUCCGCUACCCCCACCUCUUCUCCACCAAGAAGUACAAGGUGACCCUGACCGUCACCAACGCCCUGGGCAGCAGCUCCACCGCCACCUCCUUCGAUGAGUUUGCAAUAGUAAAACCAGAUCCCCCCGAAAAUGUGAUUGCGAAACCAAUCCCCAGCAAUGCCCGGAGGCUGCUGGUGACUUGGCAGUACCCUUCCUCCUGGCCGGACCCGGACUCCUUCCCCCUCAAGUUCUUCUUGAGAUACAGGCCGCUCAUCAUCGACCAGUGGCAGCACGUGGAGCUCUCCGAUGGGACCUCCCACAUCAUCACCGAUGCCUACGCAGGGAAGGAGUACAUCAUCCAGGUGGCCGCCAAGGACAACGAGAUCGGCACGUGGAGCGACUGGAGCGUAGCCAUCCACGCCACACCCUGGACCGAGGAGCCCAAGCACCUCACCACCGAAGCCCAGGGAGCAGAGACUACCACCAGCAGCACCUCCACAUUCGAGGUACCCCCCACCACCAGGAUCUAUGACUCAGAGGAACAAAGCAGCGAUGAAGCCGUGUCACCUUCUGUGGUCCCAGGUCUGGUCUUGGUGGCAUCUGCCCUUCUCUUAAUCUAGACGAGUCCUCGGAGAGCCAGGCGUCCCCGGAUCCCCCCCUCCGCUCUCGCCCACCCACCACAACCUGCCCCGGAUGGAGCCAAGGACCUCUUCGCGCCAGACGAUGGCGGGUGGGACACGAGGAAGACGCCCUCCGGAGCGCGCCAGGGAGGAGCCCCCGGGCGUUGGGCUCGGAUCAUACAGCUAAGCCACCAAGCCAAAGAUGCUUCCUUCGGCCGCCAAGCAGGACCCUCAAGCGUGUGGAUGGGGCAGCUCAGAGGGCCACACGGAGCUGGGAGCUCUCCGCUUUUCGGAACUGUGAGAGGAUGAAGCUCGGCGAGUCCUCGGCCGAGCAAAACGAGGAAAUUUUGGGUAGGGACCCCCCCAGACCCCCUCUGGGAACCCCAAGACUUCCAUAUAACAGGUGGAGAGGGGGGGCCUUUUUCUGCCUGCACUGACAUCAUCGUCGCCGAAAGAUGGGGGCUGUUCCUGGACUACCCCCAUUGUCUCCCCCUCUUUGUAACGGAGUCCGUUCAGUUUAUACAAGAAUCACUGGCGUUUCUGUACUGCUCUUAUUACCGGGGUGGGGGUGGGGGGUGGAGGGUGGGAUCCACACGGGGAGGGGAGGUUCUGUAACUAAGCCGAGACACCCCACUGAUCCCCCCCCCCCAGCUCAUCCUUCUCCCCACAACCCCUGUUUUGUAACGCUCCCCUUCUCUCCUGCCCCAGACCCACUUCCGAUCUCGCCCCUCUCCCUUAUCGGGGUGUAGCAUUUAAGACCAUAAGCCCCUCUACACCCACCCACUCCCGAACGUACGCUGUCUUUGAACUUUUUAUAGAUGUACAUAAACAUUUUAAGACUCGACGUGCACACAAACACACACCCACACCCACACCGGAAAGGGGAGGGGGAGGGGAGCCCAGCAGCGAAGGCGCUCAUUAAAUGUGACCAUUUCAUUACAACGUUUGCGGAACGUG